AUGUUACUGGCACUGGUGCUGGCUGUCCUGAGCUUUGUGGCAGGAGCCGAUGCACGACAGGUGAACGCCUCGAUUGCUUCGGCCUGUUGGCAUGAAGACCGAGAUGUCUCAGGCGGCAUAGGCCUUCUGAGCCUGCGCGUGCGAAAGGCUGCAAGUCCACCCACGCCAAGCAGUACGGAACUUCUGAAAGCCUGGGAGCUCCUUGAGCGCAGUAGCCACAGUCACCCCAACAUCCUCUUGUUGGAUUCCACAUUCGCCGUACUCGGCUUCGCUGCCCUUCACGUACUUCUGCAUGCUUACUUCAAAGACACCUCUGAUGGAUCACAACACAAAGAUGCCAAGCCGCGUCUGGAUCUUCUCGAUAAUGCCAAGUUCUGGAUGAUGGUGCUCAUCUGUAGCCAGCACAUCCCUGGUGGUCCCACUUCGCCACUGAUUCAUUUUCACACACGUGCCUUUGCAUUCGUCAGUGGAUGGGUGACCCGUAACCGAAGGCCAGACAGACGCGGAGUGCAGAGUUUCCUGGGUCACCAGGUGGCAUCCUUGCUACUCUUUGUUUCCUUCCUGGGCCCAGUGGCAAAGUAUCUCGAUCCAGAAACUCCAGAGGGAUUUCCCAAAUCAGUCGCCGCGUACUUGGCUCUGAUCUACAACGACUUGAAGUACCCCUUCCACAACACGGGAACUCACAUAUGGUAUGCGCAGGCCCUGAUCUUUUGGAUCCUCAUUUCAUGCCUGGGCUUUGUGGUCGCCUGGCUUGUCCCGCCAAUUCCUUUCGCCGUGAGCACCUCAUUAGUCUUCCUACCUUUCUUCUUCAUCGGCCAGGCUUUCCCGGUAGAGAGGUGCGUGAACGCGCUGCCAGAGCUGGGUCCUCGGAGCAUGUGCACGGGCAUCGCGCUGAUGUCCGCGAUCUUCUUCUUUGAGCAGCUUCCCGUCCUUCAGCACGUGCUGCGUGACGUCACUGUCCGUGGUCCAGACACCCUGGAUCCAUCGGAGCUUGGAUUCAGUUUGGUGGUCCAAGAUCUUUGGAAGUCAGCCUAUAUGUCGUGCACGAGCUUAGUGAAGGCGCUGGUGUUUUUAGUAUGCUUGUGUCCUCGCUCAUCGUCCUGGUGCACAGACUUGGGAAAGCAUUCUUUGUACACGUACCACCUCCAUCAGCCGGUGAUCAACGCUUUGGGUGUUUCGCUCCUCCUCAAACUGCACGACUGGGCACAGGCCGUGCCAACCUGGGGGUAUUGGCUUCCAUAUUUGGGAUCGGCGACGCUUCUCAAUGUGAUCUUGGCUUCCAAGCUCGUUCGGUGGAGCCCCUUGAGCCUGAUUCUGGAGCCGACAUGGAUCAACCAGCUCAUCAACCAGCUCAUCGACUGA